AUGAGAGCCGUUGGUAUAGAUUUUGGAAAUAAUAAUUCUAGAGUAGGAGUCUGGCAAAGGAACCAUAUUGAAAUUAUUCCUAAUGAAUUGGGUAGUCGCAUUACACCUUCUUGUGUUGCAUUUACCGAGACAGAGCGUUCAAUUGGUAGCGAGGCAAAAAAUAAAAUGGCCACGAAUCCUCAUAAUACUCUUUAUAAUGUUAGACGAUUAAUUGCUCGACGAUAUGAUGACAACGAAGUUCAAUUGAAUAUCAAGAAUUUACCAUUCAUAGUUAGCAAUAAAUAUGGUAAACCAUUCAUUCAAGUUGAAUAUCAAUACGAAACAAAACUGUUUGCACCGGAAGAAAUCACUUCAAUGAUAUUAUCAAAAAUGAAAAAUAUAGCUGAAGCUUUUCUUGGCGAAACAGUUUCAGAAGCAGUCAUCACGCUAGGUGGUCUACACACCGAUUCACUGCUUCAAUCGAUAAGAGAUGCUGCCACGAUCUCAGGUUUGACUACACUCAGUGUCAUUCCUUCAACAUCAAGUGCAGCAAUUGCCUAUGCUUUGGAAAAAAAACCAUCUGGAAUAAUUAAUGUUUUGAUCUUUGAUAUGGGCAGUGGUACUACUGAUGUUUCGCUUGUAAAUAUCUCGGAUCUCGUUGUGGAAGUUGUGGCUAUCGCUAGUGACACACAUUUGGGAGGUAAUGAUUUUGAUAGUCGUCUUGUGAAUCAUUACGUUCAAGUGUUUGAACACAAGUAUAGGAAAAAUAUAUCGAAUAAUGUACGAGCUCUUAGCCGCCUUAGAACUGCAUGUGAGCGAGCUAAAUGUGCACUUUCAAUAUCGAGUCAGGCAACUAUUGAGAUUGAUUCACUUUUCGAAAACAAUGAUUUCUACACUAUCGUCACACGUUCAAAAUUUGAGGAAUUAAACGAUGAUCUGUUCCACAUGACAAUAGACACUGUAAAAAAAGUGCUUCAGGAUGCUGAUAUGGAUAAAUCAAUGGUGGAUGAAAUUAUUUUGGUUGGUGGAUCUUCUCGUGUUCCAAAAAUUCAAAAUUUGAUUUCUGAUUUUUUCAAUGGUAAAGAAUUGAAUAAAUCCAUCAAUCCUGAUGAAGCUAUGGCGUAUGGUGCAGCAGUGAAUGCGGCCAUUCUUAGUGGCAACACUUCAAAAAAAAUAGAAAAAGUUUCACUUGUUAAUGUUGCUCCGCUAACGCUUGGCAUAGAAACAGCCGGUGGUACGAUGCUACCGAUUAUUAAACGUAAUACUAUGAUUCCUACUAAGAAAGCGGAAACUUUUCCAACCAAUUCCGCACAUAUAGUCAUUAAUGUUUAUGAAGGGGACAGUCAAUUUGCCAAGGAUAAUCAUUUCUUGGGAAAAAUUUUAUUUGAUGUUCCACCAACUUAUAAUGGUUCAUCUUCAAUUGAAGUUACUUUUGAUAUUGACUCUAAUAGGCUUAUAAUUGUGACUGUUAAAGAUUGUACUUCUGGUAAAUGGAAACAAUUAACCAUCACAAAUGAUGAUGGUCGGUUAUCAAACGAUGAGCUUGCAAGAAUGAUUGCAGAUUCUGAAAGAUAUUGUGCAGAUGAUGAAAGGAUAAUACAAAGAAUGGAAGCAUAUAAUAAAUUAGAAGGUUAUGUAUAUAAAUUAAGAAACUUACUCCAGGAUAAAAGGUUUUCAAGUAAAUUUAGCCCUAUUGAUAUAGAAAGAUUUAAUAAUACCAUUCAAGAAACAAUCACAUGGUUUGAUGAUAACCGAGAAGCUGGAAAACACGAGUAUGAUUAUAAACGUGAAAUAUUAGAAAAGAUUUUUUAUCCAGUGACCAGCAUAUGUGAAAAAGGAUUCUUUGACUGA